UUCAAUGUAAAUUUUUGUUAUUGAUUAAUUUAUUGUUAAAUGUAUUAUUAAAUUAAAAUGAGCGUUAAAGUUGAGUUAGACACCGUCUGUCGGGGUUGCUUAAGCGUUGAUCGGAAAAUUGUACCUUUAAAAAAUAACGUUAGCUUAUUUUUUAUACUUAUAGCAGACCAAUAUAUACCUAAGGAUUCGAAGUAUUUCAAUAUGUACCUUUGCUGGGAAUGCGUUGCUCUCUUGCGGAAGGUCGCUCUGUUUCAAAAACAAAUACAGAAAUCGAAAGACAUUUUCUUAGAGAAUUUCACACAACCGAGGCACAUGGAAUCGAUGUCGCAUUUAAAAACGGUACAUAAAAAUAAAUACGACUUUACGAUAGAAUACGAAGAAGGAGAUUUAAAAGUGAACGAAUUAUUAGAAUACGACAAAAUUAUAAAAGAAGAAACGUAUGACAUUUUCGAUAACAACACAGAACUUUUCGAUGGAUCGGAUUACAUAGAUAAUAUAGAUUCGGAGAAAGUGAAAGAGAAGAAAAUUAGAAAAACAAAAAGUAAAGUCAAAACGACAGAAGUUAUUUAUACAGAUGAAGAAAGAGAUAGAUAUAUGUCACGAGUUCAACUUAGUGUUAAGGAAUUGGAAAUGUUAGAAAGUAACAAAAGAGGUAGAAUUUGCGGUAUGUCUUAUCGUUGUAAUGUUUUGGUUAAGAAAAUGUUAUCAGCUAAGCGGAGGGAUGUUCGUAACUGUGCUAAUUCUGAACCGAUAUGCAGUCAGUGUGAAGAGACCUUUACUAGCAAUACUGUACUAUUAGAACACUGGCAGCGUCACGUCAUAACAAUGUACAAAUGUCACUUCUGUAGCUACCACGGUGAUGACGGCGAUGACGUCAUGGCCCAUCUCAAACAAAAGCAUAUAAAGAUAUAUACUUGCAAAUGCGGCAUAGAGUUCCGUAGUAUACGUGAUUAUUACAAGCAUAAUAAGAGUCUGCACAAGAAUUUCGAUUGUGACCAUUGCGAUCGUCGCUUUCAAUCUAAGGCUACGAUUGAAAAACAUAUGCUCCAGUGUCAUUUACCCUACACGUGCAAUCUUUGCCAUCGUAACUACAAGAGUUAUAAAGUUUUAAUGAAUCACUAUUUCGUUUACCACGCGGAGUCCAUGAGGAAAGUGAAACAGGAGAAGCCGUACUGUGUGGAGUGCGAUAUGACGUUUGAAAACGAAUAUUUAUACAAGAGGCAUUUGAGAUCGGCUGUCGCGCAUCGACCGAAGAUUGAAGUGAAAGUCCCUUGUCCUGAAUGCGGCAAAGUGUUCAGUCGUAAGACUUACAUGACGAAUCAUUACAAUCUUGUUCACGUGAGGAAAUCGAAGCAUUACUGUGAAAUAUGUGAUAAGUACUUCAUAACUGGCUACGCGAUACGGACGCACAAGAAAUUCGUUCACGAGAAACGAGAAAAGCCGAAAGAUAAGAUAUGUGAAAUUUGCGAUAGAGGUUUCUUCACGAAUCGUGUGCUCAUAAACCACAGAAGAACACACACAGGCGAGCGACCGUAUAAGUGUGCGUAUUGCCCAGCUGCCUUCGCACAGAGAUCAGCAAUGAAAACACACGAACGGACUCAACACAAGAAUUAUAUCAAUAGCUGAUGUUAAA